AAGAAGAAGUCAACGGAGCUCUCAGCUCAGUCAAGCAGUCUUUCAUGCGUGCAACGUUCUGUCGGCUUGCUUCAGAAGGACUAACGCCGGGGACACACCGGCCGCGGAAGCGCCGCUAAGCGCCGAGAAGCGAAUCGCUCACGAAAUUCGGCCACUGCUCGCCGCUCCUCAGUUCAGAUCAGACGCGCCCCAGUCGAUGCGCGCCUCGGCUCAGCUGUAGUUUUUCUUUUAAACACUUGGUGUCCUCCAUUUCCUCUCUGCCUUUUCUCAGCUCUUUUCCUCUACGUUUGAGUGUUUGUACGCGCGCGCGCAUCUGUGUGUGUGUGUGUGUGUGUGUGUGUGUGUGUGUGUGUGUGUGUGUGUGUGUGUGUGUGUGUGAACCUAUGGUAUGAGUUGUUUCUGCCAGUUGAAUCUGUUGGAACCUGCUCCAAUUCUGCAGCUGUAUCCUAGCAGUUUCUUCCGAAAUGGGUACGUAAAUAAUCAUGUUUUUCGGGGGUCGUGCAGCUCCUUGUGUUUCUCAACUUCCAUAAUUAAUUUAAAGUCAUCCAUCUUAACUGCUUGCCUCAGACUUUCUGCCUCUCUGUCCUGUUUGCUCCGGUGAAAAGACACCCAAAACCACACCCCCCUUCACUUGGUCACACACGCACACAAGUUCGAUGUGUGUGUAUGUGUGUGCGUGUUCGUGUGGUUUUUCUGCAGUGUCUGUUUACGAACACAUUUGACAAUUGCGGAAUUUUAUUUUGAAAUGCUUUAUUUUGUUAACUUUACCGGCCUGCCUCUUAUGUCUACGUUUGACUUCCUGCCAGAAUUGACGCGAUUCACCCGCGGCACGCGAAAAAAAUAGAGCCAACGCCGAAAUGAUCGCUGCACGGCACGGGCUGGAGCGCCGCGAGGCGAUUCGCGGCGCUUCGGCGGCCCAUGUGGUCUAUAGAAUAGCUUAACAAGGGCGCCGAAUGAAGGCGGUCCCAUUUUCGUGGCGCUUCCGCGGGCAGUGUGUCCCCGGCGUAACGACUCCAUUUAGGGUUAAAACUAACUACUUUGUCCAUUUAAAGGUGACACUGAACGAGUUCAACAGAGGCCCACCUCUUUGGCCUUUAGAGCUCCAGACGUCACGUGACUCAGAGAGUAGACGCCAUGUUGGCAGGCAACAAAGAGCUUCACUAGUGCUGCUGAUUGUCCAUAAUUGGCUUCCACCACACUUUGAAGAUUCUAUUUUGAAGGUGCCCAUGGUGAAAAGGCCUUUUACACCGUAUGAAGUGGACCUGUAAACUUUGUACUUUUUUCUGUGGAAAUCGUAAGCGCAUCAUUGAACAUUAUCAAAGCAGUCACAGACAUUACGGCAGAACUUGCCCUUUGCCCUGCACUUAAAAUUACUGCUCACAGUAUUUCAGAUCCAAACAAUCCUUGCAUGUCCAUCUGAGAGAUCAUUGACUUAUUGAAAACACUAAUGAACUCAUAAGCUUUAAGGUAAAAUGUUUGUUGUGUAGCUUUAAUAAGGCAGUUGGCCACAAACAAUUCAUUUCACAUCUAGGACAGCAUCUGUGUGAUAUGGAAAGUGUUUCAUGUCCAUUUAAUAACUGUCUUUUCAAAUCCAAUGUGUUUUCCAGUUUUACCUCACACAAGUCUCGUUGCCACCAAAACUGCACUUUAAAAGAUUUUAAGACUGAAUUUAUCAUUCAGGAAUUUGAAACAAGACAAUUUUCAGACUGCAGCGAAGUAGAACCGCAGUUGGAUACAGAUGAAGGGGAGUUUAAUGUGCCAAUUGAUAAUGGCACUGAUUUUGAACUAGAGUUCUAUGACACCAGUGAAGAAAUUCAGAAAAGACUUGCUUCCUUACUUCUGCGCAUGCAAGCAAUUUUGCAUGUCUCUAAAUUAGCCACAGAAGAAAUUGUCAGAGAAUUUUAUGACAUUGGUCUUUUGAUUGGGGAUUUAAAUGAGUACAGGAUUAAGAAUGUUCUGAAGCACCAUAGUGGUACUGUUGAUGAAAACACCAUUAAUUUGGUAACAGAUGCUUUACGCAAUCUAAGUCUUCUCAGUUCUAUUUCUCAAAGUGGGUGUCUCGGAUAAGAACAAAAAAGGUUAUUGUAUUUCAGAGCAAAGUUUGAUGUCAUUGAUCCAGUCGAAUAUGUAUUAGAUUUGCCAUCAAAGAAAACAUAUGUGUAUGUCCCAAUUCUUAGAACCCUACAGAAACUAUUAAAUAGAGGUUAUAUUAUUGACAUAAUCCUUGAGGAAGCUAGUAAAGAGUCCCAGACUGGACAUUACAAAACCCUGUUUGACGGGACAUGUUUCAAGCAAAACCUGCUUCUCUCAACAGAAGAACUUUGCGUUUUCUUAGGCUUGUAUAUUGACGAUUUUGAAAUCUGUAACCCUUUAGGCACCUCAAAAAAAAAAAAAAAACACAAGGUGUGUACAAUAUACUGGGUUAUAGCCAACUAUUUAUUAUUCAGGUCAUCAUUGUCAAACAUAUAUCUUGCUCUUUUGUGUAAAAGUGUUGAUGCUAAGACUUUUGGUUAUGAAAGGAUUGUUGAACCGCUUUUGCAAGAUCUGCAACUUCUGGAAAGUCAAGGCAUUUACAUUAGCAGGUUAGGAAAAAGUAUUAGAGGUUCAGUGUUGUUUGUAUCAUCUGAUAAUUUGGGCGCUCAUUCAUUUGCUGGCUUCCAGGAAUCCUUUAACACUGACAAGUUUUGCCGUUUCUGUUUAGCCAGCCGUAGUGACAUUCAGCAGUUUUCUGUACUCAAUAAGUCGUUUGAACUGAGAACCAAACAAUCUUUCAAUGAGAAUGUUUCCAAGUCGAAGGAGAACAAGACAUUGAAACAUGUUGAUGGAGUGAAAAGAGAUUGUGUAUUAAACAAACUGUCUUACUUUCAUUGUGUAACAGGGUUUCCUCCUGGCUUCUUACAUGACCUUUUAGAAGGUAUUGUACCUCUGGAGCUUUGUUUUUGUUUGAAAAAACUUGUUGCAAGGGGCUACUUCACAUUGUUUUUUUUAAACACUGAUAGAGCAAUUUCCUUAUACGUUUUCUGACAGAACCAAUCGUCCACAGAAAACAUCAGAAAAAAUUCUUGUGAGUAAAACUAUUGGGGGUAACGGACACGAGAAUUGGACUCUUCUAAGAUUGCGGCCCCUACUUAUAGGGCAUGUUGUUCCUGAAAAUGAUGACAUAUGGUCUUUAAUCCUAGAACUUAAAGACAUUGUUGAGCUUUUGUCUUCCUCCAAGUUUACAGAUGAAAGUUUGUGGUACCUUGAGUCCAAAUUUAAUGAGCACAGAAAACUGUUACUGAACGUGUUUCCAGAACUGAAUCUGAAACCAAAACACCACUUCCUGGAACACUAUACACAUUUGAUCCGUUGCUUUGGACCCCUAGUAAAUUUCUGGACAUUUCGUUUUGAAGCUAAACAUAGCUUUUUCAAGAAAGUGGUCCGUGACGUUAAUAACUUCAAAAACAUUCUGUUGGCUUUGUCUGUCAGACAUGAACUUAUGUUGACAUACUACUUGGACAUGGCUAGCUUGUUUAAACCAAAUGUGGAGCUGAAAGGGGUAUCUGAUGUUUCCAUGGACAUUCUUGCCUUCUCUGUGAAGCAAAUAAUUGAGAGGAAAUGUGGACAUCAAAGCAGUGUAUCUCUGGCAACAACUGCAUACAUACAUGGAACAAGAUACACUAAAGGAAUGUUUGUUUCAGUUGGUAGUACAAGUGGACUUCCUGAUUUUUGUAGAAUUGUACAUGUGUUGCAAGUUUGCAACAAGAUUUUUUUUUGUUCUUGAAUGUUUCUCAGCCUGGUAUUUGGAGCACCUUCGUUGUUACGAAGUCUGCAAGAAAGAUCCAGAUCAACUGAUUGUCGUUGAACCCAGUGAACUGAACCACUAACUUCCACUGUCAUCCUACACUGUCCAAGGCCGACUGUAGUAAAUGGAGCUGAAAUACUUCCAUGAAUGGUGUCAACGUUUUGUCAUCUCUGAGCCAUUGGAUGGUACUUAAAUGAUACAAGACAGUACUAAGAGCUCAUCAUCCAAACAUGUUUUUUUUCAUCAUGCUGCUGCGCAUCAUCUUAUCUGAAGAUGACAUUAGAAGGAUUACACUUGACAGCUUACCAGAAGAUGUUCAAAACUUCCACUCCAUACUAAAGGCCAAACUUGGACUGGAUUUGGACUUUGUGAUUCAGUAUCAAGACCCAGACUUUGAUAAAGAUCUGUGCAACUUAACCUGUAUGUCAGAUCUUCCUAAAGAUAAAGCAACUUUGAAAGUGUGCAUCAAGAAAAAUGAAUCCUAUCACACCGACUCCACCCUAGACACAGCAAGUCUGUCAUCAUCCUCCUUGGAUGAAGGACCCAGUGGCACCAAAACUCGUCAGCUUCCCCAGCCUUUCAUCGUCCCUUUAUUUUCUUUUGAUGUUGAACUACAGCUGAAGAAAGGAAAUGAGGCCUUCCAUCAUGAUGGAACACUUCUGGAUAUAUCAAAAAACAUGAAAUCUGACCUCCUGGACAAGUUGGCUGAAGCCAUAUAUUUUCACAAUCCAUAUCCAACCUGGGAAGACUAUGAUCUAGUGGCCCAACAACACCCUUGUCUAAAAGAACCGGGCUCUGUACAUGGAUGGUAUUGCUGGAAGUUCAGCUUAAAGUUCAAAAUGGGCAACUUUCAUCAGAAAAUGUGAGUGGCUGGAUGCUCUGAAUUUGGAGUGAAUGCUCGUGACUCUGGGCUACCUUCCAAAAAACUUGAGGGCCAAAAAGUCAGAAGUUAAUUUUCUGCCAAGCUUUCCUGAAGGGAAAGGUGAACCAGAUCUUGAAAGGGAGAGAUCUGCCAUAAUUGUUGAGAUGACAAAAAGAAAAGCUGACUGGAAGCAAGUUGGUGAAAUGAUGAACAUCACAUUCCCCCUACGAAGAAAAGAAAUAGUUGAAAAUGAACCUCUUGUGGCUGAAGUCAAAGAAAGGUGGCCAGCCCUGUUCAAAGAACAGCAGAUUGAAGCAGAGUUUGCUCGGCUGACAACUGUUGACCUGAAGAAGUCUUUCUUCAGUGGACUGGAUCAGCAUUUGCCAAGGUUCCUGGAGCUGUUCAAGGCCAAGAGUGGGAAAUCAGCUGGACUAAGCAGGCAGCUUAAAUGUCUUGAUGAUGACUCCUCUAUGCUGAGGAAGAGAUCAGUUGUUCUGCUGGGCCUUCCGUAUUUUCUCAAGGAUGAUCCUUCAAAUGCAUUCAAGACUGUUCAGGCCAUUGACGAGGAAGCCACAUUCAAUCGAGGAUUGAAAGCUGGAGUUCUGCUGGUGAAAGAUAGAGAGGACAUCAUUGCCACAUCAGUCAUUCUUGAGGAACAAGUGGUCCUGCCUGAUGUGGAGGACAUUCCUCAUGCUAUUGCUCUACUGAUGGGUCUGCUUUUUGCCCUUAAUAUAGACUAUCCAAAGGAACUCAGGUACACAUUUCAAGUUUUUCAAAAGAUCCUGAUGAACAUCGGCGGAGGUCAGUGUUCCUCCCUUGUGCAUGGUUUGAGAAACAGACUCUUGCGAAAAACCAUGUAGAUUCUCCUGAAAUGUCUCAUCUCAUGACUCAUGGAUGUCUGAGCUUUUUGAAAGCAUUCAACGUUUCCUGUUAAAAAUUGUUCCAAAGGUCAUAUAGAAGUUUGGCACAUGGUUUGGAAUUCUUGUGUUUUGUUUGUUAUUUCAUCUGUUUAGGUUUAUUCCAUCAGAAAAUAGUCAUAUCAGUUCAAAGCCAAUCAAAUGCAUAGGUUGAUAAAAAGUAUUGCAAAAAAGAGGUCAACAUAAGACCAAACGAUAGUUGACAAGAUUAAAAUGUGCACUAUUUGUUUAGAACUACUAUUUUGAAUUGUAUCAUUUAAAUUUUAUUUUAUUGUUUUUAUUUGUGCAAGGUUUUGUCAGAUGCUUUAAAAGUUUAUGCACUUGAAUUAAUGUGCAAUUACUUGUCUCAAUUAAGACAUUAAAUAUGUUAUAACUGUAAGACCUUGAUAAGCUGCUGUGUUUAUUAAUGUCCUUUUUGAGUGCAGACUGUUCUAAAAAGUUUUCACCAUUCAUUACAAAACAAAACAGCUUCAGUAAAUGUUGCAGAGCUGUAACUUCAUUACUGCUAAAUAAAUAAACGUAUUGCUUCUCUGUUUUUGGAGGUAAAAUUUAUC